AAUAUUGAUAACACUAUUCUGCAGCGGUAGCACAUGAAGUAUAUAGCUUUAGUAUUCUAGUUUGCAUGAUCUUGGUUUUGGUGAUGAUUUCUGCAUAAUUUAGCAAUGGCUGCGGAGAAAAGUCCCAAAAAACAAACCGAUAAGGUGACAAAAUCGGCGAAUACAACUCAGACUUCUAGGUCAUGUUUUGGGAUAUGCAUUGUAACCCUUUUAGUUGUUGCUGUGUUGUUAGUAGGAGCUAUAAUACUAACUCCAUCUCCAAUAGAUCCUUUGCUAUUUAGCUUACCUUCACCUAAACCAUUUGAAGGAGUUCUUGCACCAAACACAAAGCUUCAGGAAUCUGAACAGCUUUUUAAAGGGCAGGUUGUAGGACCUGAAUCAAUUGCUGUUGAUAGCUCAGGUAUCAUUUAUACUGGACUUGCCGAUGGAAGAAUUGUCAAGUUUGUUGGGGAUAAGGUUGUUGAUGUGGUGCGCACUGGAACCCACAAUGAUGGAUGUGGCAGACCAGAGUUGGAGCAUGUGUGUGGUCGACCGCUUGGGAUGCGCUUCAACAGAUACGGCACCAAGCUUAUAGUAGUCGAUGCAUACUUUGGGUUAUUAGAGGUAGACACCAAGUCAAGUAGCAUCAGCACCCUAGUUCCUUGUCAGCCUGGUGUUGAUGGUGAACCAAUAAGGUUUAUGAAUGACCUGGACAUUGCCCAGGAUGGCACAAUCUACUUCACAGAUUCUAGUACCAAGUGGCAAAGAAUGCAUUUUAGCAAUGCUUUGCUUGAAGGAGACAACACUGGCCGGCUUCUUGCCUUUCAUCCCAAGACUGGCGAGCUCGAGGUUUUAAUGAGUGACUUGCAUUUUGCAAACGGUGUGCAGUUGUCCCCUGAAGGAGAUUUUGUCCUCGUGGUAGAGCUGCUCACGGCGAGGAUUCUAAGGUAUUAUACACGAGGUGAGAACGAAGGAAAGAUGGAGGUUUUCGCUGAAAACCUUCCUGGCCACCCUGAUAAUAUCCGGCCAAGCUUCGGUGGGGGGUACUGGGUUGGUAUGGCGGCACCUAGGCGUCCCGGGCUCUCUCUUUUGGACACCCUGUCAACUCGACCAUGGCUACGGAGUUUGUUAGCAAAGUUUGUGACCCCCAAGAUGCUUCACGUGCUUGCCCCGAGAUACGGGCUUAUCGUCAAACUGAGCAAAGGAGGAAGUGUACAAAGGACUCUUCAUGACCCGACAGGACAAGUUAUCAACGGAGUGAGCGAGGUCCACGAAGAAAACGGUGUACUCUACUUAGGGUCCUACAAUGGACUGUUUGUUGGAAAAUUAAAGCUAUAAACAAUACUGCGGAUUUCUCCCACAAUCAUAACGCGUUGUCGCAAUUCUGUUGUGUGAAAAAAAUAGUGAAGCUGUGGUAACAUAAAAUCCGCCGUCCUGUCAGAUCACGCCUCUGUUUCAUACGACUUAAUUUUUCGCUUUAUACUCCUGCUGUGGAUAUAUAUUUGCAUAAUAUUUGGUAUCGCAGUAAGAAAGAAAUAUCUGCUUUAUCAGUACAUUUUUCAGGUUUUUACAAAGUAUUCAGUAUUGUGCACAAAUUAACAUCCCCAGUGUUUUAUAAAUAUGCAAAAGAUAUCCAAAUCCUAGAAAAGUCCAGAUUGUUCUGAAUAAACAUCUCUGAAAUUUUCUAGUUUAAGUCCAUGAUCUCGCUAUUGCAGUAGGAAGUUUUAUAGCACUAUGUUCUAGAGAAGGGGUAUACCUUAGACGUAUUUUCCAUAAUAGCAAAUGACCCUUGGUGUUUGCCAACAAAUUGUGUUAGAUUUGCACCAACCGGUCAUGUGGUUGUUGUAAACAAUUGUAACAAAUUGAAACAUCAAAAUGGGACAUAUAAUAAACAUUUAGCCUCCUUACAUGCUCUAGAAAAUAAAAACAAGAAUUUUUUAUA